UCAACAGCCAGCAGAAGGCAGGAAGGAAGGAUGUGAACGCACUGCUGAAGGGCGGCGAGUUAAACAAGAACCGUCGUUUCUUACUGACUAUUAAGAUUGAUAUCCUCCCCGUGGUGUAUUGAUCCGUGGACAUGAUGGGGAAACUGACCGGGUUGUGUGUGCUGCUGUUGGUGCUGAACGUCGCUGUAACCGAGGAUACUGUAACUAUGGUCUACUUCACGGAUGGUGGAGAUCUAACGUUAAAAGUGAGGCCUGCUUUUCCGGAUCACAUCAACAACAUCGUGUGGUUAUUCAACGAUAAUCUGCUGGCUGAGUGGGUGGAAGAUAAGAGUUAUUACCUCAGACUUAAAGGACGAGCAAACCUCACCACAGAGACUGGACAGCUGAUCAUCAACAAGAUGAGCAAAGAGGACGAGGGUGUGUAUUCAGUGGAGAUCAACGACAGAGUCCAGAGUGAGAGCUAUCGAGCUAAAUUGAUCAAGAAGGUCCAGAAGCCCAAAGUAGUGCUGAGGACAUUGACUUGUGAACCUUAUUCUGAUAGUUGUAGGUUCUCCUGUGACUCAAACACCACCGAGGCUGAACCCAUCACCUACAGCUGGAAGAAGGGAGAUGGAGAGUGGGAGGUGUCUGGGAAGGACAUCACCAUCACCAACAAGCAUGACUCAGGUGGGAAGACCUUCACCUGCAGGAUGGAGAACCCAGUCAGCCGGGAAGAAAGUGACCCGCUCUACAAAAAGCUUAUUUCAUACCACACUGUUGUUGCCAUCAAUGUUCUGAUUGUGGCUGGCGCUGUGGCUCUGGCUCUGAUUCUGUAUGGUUUGAUUGUGGCAUGGGAAAAGAAGAUAUUCCCCUUCAAGAAUCGAAGAACCAACAUCACUGAUCCUGCACGUGGAAAUGGACAGCCAACUUCUCCUCCUAGUGACAGUUCACCUAAUCCAGCUGAGACCAUACCACUUCAGGAUAACCCACAAGACACAAAGUCAGACGCCAAAGAAACUGCAUGAAGUUGAGGAGCUCAAAUAGUCCUCAGACUUCUAUUUCUGCAUACAUGACAUGUACAAACAUGUAAUUUUUUUGUGUGUUUUUUAGCAGUCAGCUGUGUGCAUCAUUGACUGUUACCUGCAGCAGAGGGAUUUUCAUAACAACAAAGUUGUUUUUUAGAACAAAUUAAUUGUAUUUUUUAUUUUUUAUUUUAUUUUAAACAGCCACCUGUGUGUUUAUAUAUGUAUGUAUGUAUGUAUGUAUGUGGGUGUUUCUGCAACUAAAAUCACUUUUGACUCUCCUAAAUAAAAAAAAACAAAACAAUCUCUAUGGAUUUUAACCAUCAGAGAAAACUAAACUUAUAUUAACAGAUAUAUGAUAUUCUCAGUGAGUCUUUGCAGUGUGCCUGAGGAUGUAAAUAAGUCAAUCAGACAUAUUGAUAAUGUGAGUGAAGCAGCUUUGAAUAUAUCUGAUAAGAAACCAUACCAAAGAAAAGGCUGAUUUAAUCACCAGAAGUGAAUGUAAUUAAAUUACCAACAUUUCAGCAUUUUCUGACCAGUUUCCAAAAAGUCUACAUGUAAAGACGUACACACAAUUGCAUUUAGUCGUUAAGAUUUUAAUCUGUAAAAUGUUUAUUUUUUAUGUUUUGUAUCACUUUGUUCUUAUACUAAAUGUCCUUACCGCAACAUUUCAAUAACAUUCAUAUAUAUAAAUAAAUAAAUAUUUUUAAAUUCA